UCGGCUGCUGCAUUGGCUGGUGGGGAUGCUUUGGCAAAGCUGGCUAGCAAGGUGAAGCACGACACUGAGAAGGAGCGAAAGCACGAUGAUGAAGCUGUUGCUGCCGCUGCCGAAGCUCUUGACGAGAUCGUCAAGCGCCACGAGCGUGAGCGCGCCGAAUUGUCGGAGCGGAAACAGCGCGAGCAUGAGGAAGCCGCUUCGAAGGGCGCGGACGCGCUUGCAGCGCUUGUUGCGAAGCACAAAGAAGACUCGGAGGCUGAAGCUAGAGCAGAGCAAGAAAGAGCGCAACGAGAGCAAGAAGCGCGCGAGAAGAAUGAGAGAGCCAGAGACGCGCAAAAAGCAGCUGCUGCUGCGGCUGGAGGCGGUGCACUCGCAGAGCUGAUCGCAGCACGUCAAAAGGAGGAGCAAGACGCUGCCGAGCGCGCAAAAGAGAUUCAUGAGUUGGAGGAGCGUGCAGCAGCGGCAGCGAUCGCUCAGCGCGAGGCUGAAGAAGCCAAGCGCAAGCAACGGGAAAUACAAGAGAAGGAAGCAGCUGAGCUUGCAGCUCGACAGAGGCAAAUGCUUGCUGAAGAAGAAGAGAAGCAGCGGCUUCGAGAUGAGCAAGACAAAGCUGCAGCUCUGGCUGAGGAGAAGCGUAAGGCAGAGGAGGAGGCCGCCACUGCUAAGGCUCGCGAGGCGGAGGAGGCCGCGCAGAGGCAGCGCAAAGAAGAAGAGGCCGCUGCUGCAGCAAAGCAGCGUGAAGCAGAGGAAGCAGCCGAAAAGCAGCGACAGGAAGAAAAAGCUGCCGCCGAAAGACAGAGAAAGGAGGAGGAGUCUGCUGCUGCUGAACAGCAGCGUGAAGCCGAUGAAGCCGCGGCGAGAAAACGGAAAGCAGAGGAGUUAGCGACUGCUGCAGCAGCUGCAUCCGCUGCCGCUGCCGCCGCCGAGCUAGAAAAGCAGAGGAAGGCAGCGGAAGAACAACACAAGAAAGAAGAAGCCGAGGCCCAGAAGCGAGCCGAGGCUUUGCGCGCUGAGCAGGAAAAGAAGCGCAAAGAAGAUGAGAAAGCCAAGAAAGAAAAAGAAGCUGCCGACAAGAAGCGAGCGAAGGAGGAGAAGAAGAAAGCGAAAGAAGCUGCCGCGGCCGCGGCCGCUGAGGAGAAGAAACGCAAGAAGCAGCUCGAGAAGGAAGCCAAAGAGGCCAAGAAAGCCUCUGAGCUCCAGCGCAAGAACGAGCUCGAGGAGCAGAAAGCCCGAGAAGCUCAAGCUCAGGAAGUAGCGGACGCUAAAGCGAAAGCUGAUUCGGAGGAAGCCGCUGCAGCAGUGGUCAAUGCUGGCAGAGCAGAGCCUUCUCAGGCCCUCAGCGCAAAGACUUCUGUAACGCCCGAGACUCCAAAUGGAGGCCAGCAGUUCCGAAAGGAUGACGAAGAAGCUCUGGGAGCUGGAGCUAUCGCGGCUGGGGGCGCGGCUGGGCUAGCAGCUUAUAGUGGCACGAAGAAAGAUAAGGGCAAAGGCAAGGCAGUGGAAGAUGCCAAAAUCGGAGCCGAUGAACCCUUAAUCGAGUCAGUCAAGCCAAGCGCAGCUGUUGCAAGUCAAAGUCAGCACGUGCAGGACGCUUCAGACACCUCGGGUGCUUCCAAACGGCAAGGUUGGGCGAGCAUGCUGUUCAAGACCCGCCUGGGUGACAACCUUCCCCUUGCCAAUGAAGGUGAAGCAGGCGUAGACAAGAGCCAAAUCGGCAAGCCUCGUCCGGCUGAAGACAAGAAAGCAGCUUCCAAGGUGCUGAACACGGUCGCGCAGCCUGAGGCAGUCUCGCAGCCGGCUCCCGUAACAAAGGAUGUGAAUCCCAAACGCCAAAGCAGUCAAGUGGCUGCGUCAUCCGCCGAUGGCUCCGCUUUGGAUGCACAGGUGCCUCCUGAGCUACUCGCAAAGGUUCAAGCUGACAAGAAGGCAUCCAAGCGCUUGUCGAAGUCGCAACUCUCUGCUACGACCAACGAUGAUGUCCAACGUGCUUCGGGCCUCUCAGCGUUCGGUAACAAACUGGGUUGGGCUUCGCUCACCCAUCUCAACAAGGACGACCAGGCAGCCCCUAAGCCCAUCAGCAAGGAUACCUCUCCGCCUGCAACGCCUGCCAAGAGCAAGCUUUCGAUCAAGAAGAGCAAAGACAAGUCUGCUCAGGUUGCUGCUCCACCUGCAGGAAACACCAGCAGAUUUGUCGAGCCGCCUGGAAUACAGCGCGGAGAGUACAUCGAACACGUCAAUCCAAGAUUCGCAAAGACCACACCUUCGGCUCCCGCGGUGCAAUGGCGGUAAAGCUAUGCGUCGGCCGUCGGGUUCAAACGAACAGCGUCCUUCCUCUUUUCUCUCUCGACACUACGCGGUCGUCCUUUAGGAAACGGCAAUCGCUUCCAGUAUACCCUCGCUACAUUGUCUGCACGCUAUUGUUCACCGACGAAGCGCGCAGACGUUCGCUCGAAAUGAGCGCAUCACAUUCGUUUAUCAAAUUACCUCUUCAUGUUUGU